UAGAAAUGUAACUUGAACUAGUCAAAUCAUAUGUUCCUUCCGUUUUGUUUUUUUUCUUUCCUUAAGACCACAGAAUCAUUACAGAGAGGCCCUGUGACUCAGUACACAGAGAAGAAUCAAGUUCCAUAACGUUCUCCAGACGGAGGGUGAGUUGAAUUUUAUCCUCAACAUCUAAAAAACUACUUUAUAAAGGUAAAUAAUUACACCAAAGGAGAUCAAUUAUGGACCAUCACAAUAUGACAUACCUAUAUUACCCAAGUCAAACCAUGGAUUCUUACUCCGACCUAGAGGACAUCAUAGCCUAUCAGAACGUUAUUUCAAGAGCCAUGCACACCUACAUAGGUAUACUGCUCCCUCUUGGUUUGCUGUCUGGUAUAUUUUGUACAAUAAUAAUCAUCAAAAACAAUAUUAGGAGUCACAUUUUUGAAAAUUUGGACUUCUACAUUUUAAAUUUGACAAUAACCGAUAUCACAAUUACUUUGUAUUCAUUUACUGUUAUAACAAGACCAGAUUAUCUGGAAAUAACCAACGUGAGCUGCAGCGUUCUUGCCUCGUUCUUUAACUUAAGCUAUUUUUACUCCCAGUACCUCCUGGUUCUGAUGCUUCCCAUGUUUGUAAUUUUCAGCAAUUCCAUUUCUAAUAUUGUAGUGACCAAGGCAAGGCAAAGUCCUCUGGUGUGUGUAUGUGUAACCUUGGCCGUCUCUCUGCUAUUGUCACUGCUGGCUAUGUCACUGAUGGGCACCUACUGGGAUCCUGACAAUAUAACACACUGCCAAUUUGAUCCACUAAAUUCCAAGCCAGCAUACGACUUUGUGAAGUUCACUGCUGGAUUCUGUAUCCCAUCAAUUGUCAUUGUAUUGUUUCUUGGUUUCCUAAUUGCUCUUUUAAAAAGUGCAGAAGAUACCACAAUAAAGAAGAACGUGAAAGAACAUCUGGUCGUUCUACUUCAUAUUUCCGUGCUUUUUACGUGCCGCCUGUUUUACAAUAUCAUGCUCCUCCGAAGGACACAGCUAAAGCUUCUGGGAGAUUUAAUGUCUCCCGGAGAUGAACUGAUAACCAACAUUGCAGAGUUGGUGAUGUUAAGUGGAAGUUGUAUUAAUUUAAUCUUCACGUUGACUUUACACAGACCAUGUAGGCUGGGAGUAUGGAACUCCCUCCAGUUUAUUAAAAAUAAGUGUUGUGGAACUCGAAACGCUAAUGAAAUUGAAAUGGAAGGACCCAGCAAUGAACCUUUACGACACAACCAUUAACUGCCUCAUAGCAAACAACCUACAUUCAAAUGUGGUGAAAUUAUUUUUUUUAUUGUUGAGAUAGGAACCAAAUGUAUCCAUUAGUGAUAGGCAAAUGUUCUAUUAUUAUAUUUCUAAAGGAAAUAUGUUGACAGCAUACACCUAUUCUAAACAAAUGCUGAAGGUCUGCCAAAUACAUUCCCAUUCAUUGUGCCAAGCCAGUGCUACCUUAAAGAGACAUUCCCAGCCAUAUUAGGAAUCCACACAGAUGCAUUUCUGUUUUAAGUAGAAGCAUUUUUGUUACAUAAACGUAUUAGCAAAAAUGCUUCUAAUAAAAGAUAUAGCUGUUUCAAAACAGAAU